AUGUCUCUAUGGAGCCGAGAUGAGGCACUGAUGUGCAAAGUCUUCCCAUCCAGCUUGGGAGAAACUGGACUUCGAUGGUUCGAUCGGCUCCUCGCUGGAUCAAUUCAUGGCUGGAAGCAGCUUUCCGAAGAGUUCCUAGCCAGGUUCGUCUCCAAUACUAAAAUCUCGAAAGAGCCGGAUACACUGUUCGGUCUCCGAAAGGAGCAGGAAGAAACGCUGCGCAGUUAUGCUAGGAGGUACUGGGAAGAGUACAAUGACCUGGAGGAAAAUGUGUGCAGUGAGCAGAUGGCCGUUAUGCCUUUCAAACAUGGUUUGCGACCGGAAAGUAAGUUGAGACAAUCACUUACCAAGCGCCCGACCACAGCAUUGAAAAAUUUGCGUGCCAAGAUUGAGCAGUACACUCGCCUCGAAGAUGAUCAGAUCCUCAUCGAGGUAGUAUCAGCACAACAAACAGCUCGCCAUAAGAAGAAAACAGAUCGAGGAGAACACCGAGGCCUCACAGUGAAUGAGGUGGAUAAGUCCAAAUCUCACGAAGCCGUUGUGACUAACUGCAGAGCACUGAAGCAACACUUAGAGGACCUAGUAGCAGCUGGGCACCUUCGGGAUUACAUUGAUCAGUAUAAGGAAGUAACCGAACCGGGGAACCCACCACCAGAACCGAAUACUGAGCACCCACCUCGGCUAAUAAUAAAUGUGAUCCAUGGAACAGCGACCCAGGGAUGUGAGGAGGCACUGAAAGAAGAGAUUGCUAAGGCUGUGGAAAUUCAGCAAGUCAUAUCAGUAGAGCCCGCAUCGAAAAAGGACCUCACCCCAGCGACAGCUCCGUUAGUUGGCUUCAAUUCACAGCUAGAAUGGCCGCUUGGCAGAAUAGUGUUGCCAGUCGUGGCAGGAACAAAAGCCCUCCAGACAGAGUUUCUAGUUAUUAAUACACCAUCCCCUUACAACGUCAUACUUGGCCGUCCAUGGAUUCAUCAAAUGGAGGCAGUCCCUUUAACCUACCAUCAGCUCAUCCGUUUCCCAACGGAAUACGGAGUAGAGCAGAUCUCAGAGGAUCAAGUUGCGUCCAAACAUUGCUUCAUGGCGGCAUUGAAGGCAAAGCAACUCUGCAACCAGGUACAAACAAUGGAAAUGGCCGAACAACCAGUCUUGGAAGAUGUAGGGGGAGCCCCAGAGGAAAAGAUAGUAGAGGAUUUGGAGAAAGUCCUAGUAAAAAAGGAUGAUCCAGAAAAGUACUUCCUUAUCGGGUUGGACCUAGAAUUUGCUUGCCACAAGCUCAACAUCAACCCUUCCGCUCGGCCCAUUGUACAAAAAAGUCGGAGAUCCUCAGUUGAGCACACUGAAGCAGUAAUUGCCGAAGUUGAAAAACUCCUGGCAUCGGGAGCGAUCAGAGAAGUUUAG